GAGUGCGCCUCAUCUGUACAUAGCCUGCGUUGCUGGGCACCGGUCCUCCCCUCCCAUCAUGGCAGUGUACCGCCUGUGUGUGACCACUGGUCCCUACCUGAAGGCCGGCACACUGGACAACAUCUCUGCCACACUCGUGGGCACGUGUGGUGAGAGCCCCAAGCAGCGGCUGGAUCGAGUAGGCAGGGACUUCACCCCUGGAUCGGUGCAGAAGUACAAGGUGCGCUGCUCAGCAGAUCUGGGUGAGCUCUUGCUGCUGCGUCUACACAAGGAGCGCUUCGCUUUCUUCCGCAAGGACUCUUGGUACUGCAGCAACAUCACUGUCAUUGCCCCAGAUGGCACUGUCAUCCCCUUUCCCUGCUAUCAGUGGAUUGAGGGCUACUGCACUAUGGAGCUGCGUCCAGGAACAGCAAGAACUAUUUGUCAGGACUCCCUCCCUCUGCUUCUGGAUCACAGGAAGCGCGAGCUCCAGGCCAGACAAGAAUGCUAUCGCUGGAAGAUCUAUGCUCCUGGAUUCCCUCGCAUGGUGGAUGUCAGCAGCUUUGAGGAGAUGGAAUCAGACAAGAAAUUUGCCUUGACCAAGACAAUACCCUGUGCAGACCAGGGUGACAGCCCUGGGAAUCGAUACCUGCCUGGAUUCCCCAUGAAAAUUGACAUCCCAUCCCUGCUGCACAUGGAACCCAACACCCGCUACUCAGCCACCAAGACAGCGUCGUUGCUCUUCAAUGCCAUUCCUGCGUCCUUGGGCAUGAAGAUUCGAGGGCUGCUGGACCGCAAGCGUUCCUGGAAGAAGCUGGAUGACAUGCGGAAUAUCUUCUGGUGCCACAAGACCUUCACUACAGAGUAUGUCACAGAGCACUGGCGUGAGGACAACUUCUUUGGGUAUCAGUACCUGAAUGGCGUCAAUCCUGUCAUGCUUCAUUGCCUCUCCAGUUUGCCCAGCAAGCUGCCCGUCACCAAUGACAUGGUGGCCCCCUCACUGGGACCAGACACCUGUCUGCAGACAGAGCUAGAGAGAGGCAACAUCUUCCUAGCGGAUUAUUGGAUCCUGGCCGACGCCCCCGUCCACUGUUUAAACGGCCGCCAACAGUACGUGGCAGCCCCACUCUGCUUGCUGUGGUUGAACCCCCAGGGGGCGCUGCUGCCCUUGGCCAUCCAGCUCAGCCAAAUCCCCGGGCCCGAUAGCCCCAUCUUUCUGCCCACGGACUCUGAGUGGGAUUGGCUGCUGGCCAAGACAUGGGUGCGUAACUCAGAAUUCUUGGUGCAUGAGAACAACACGCACUUUUUGUGCACGCAUUUGCUGUGCGAGGCCUUCUCCAUGGCCACGCUGCGUCAGCUGCCGCUCUGCCAUCCUAUCUUCAAGCUCCUGCUUCCCCACACUCGCUAUACGCUGCAGGUGAACACCAUUGCCAGAGCCACGCUGCUCAAUCCAGAGGGCCUCGUGGACCAGGUCACGUCCAUCGGGAGGUGCGGCCUCCUCUACCUCAUGAGGACCGGUCUGGCCCACUUCACCUACACCAAUUUCUGCCUUCCGGACAGCCUGCAGGCUCGCGGUGUCCUAACUAUUCCCAACUACUACUACCGAGAUGAUGGCCUGAAGAUCUGGGCAGCCAUUGAGAGCUUUGUCUCAGAAAUCGUGGGCUACUAUUAUCCCUGUGAUGAUUCCGUGCAGCAGGACUUGGAGCUGCAGGCCUGGGUCAGCGAGAUUUUUACUCAGGCGUUCCUGGGCCGGGAGAGCUCAGGAUUCCCAAGCCGGCUGUGCACCCCAGGACAGCUGGUGAAGUACCUGACUGCAAUCAUCUUCAACUGCUCCGCCCAGCAUGCUGCUGUCAAUAGUGGACAGCAUGACUUUGGGGCCUGGAUGCCCAAUGCCCCAUCAUCCAUGAAGCAGCCCCCACCUCAGAAUAAGGGGACCACUACCCUGAAGAGUUACUUGGAAACCCUCCCAGAAGUGAAUGUCACCUGUAACAACCUUCUCCUCUUCUGGUUGGUCAGCCAAGAGCCCAAGGACCAGAGGCCUCUGGGCACCUACCCUGAUCAACACUUCACAGAAGAAGUGCCACAGCGGAGCAUCGCUGCCUUCCAGAGCCGCCUGGCCCAGAUCUCAAGAGACAUCAGGGAGCGGAACCAGAGCCUGCCACUGCCCUAUACCUACCUGGACCCCCACCUCAUUGAGAACAGUGUCUCCAUCUAACUUCCACCUCAGACCACUUCAGAAGCGAAGGAAGGUCCAAGCAUGAAGAAGCCCAGUUUAUCAGAGUUUCCCAGACUUUUCCCUCCUCCCUAUUCUCAGCUUGAAUCUUCCUCUCCCUAUAUAGAGACUUUUUCCAGCCAAGAUGGCUCUAGCUGUGUCCUGAGCUGUGAGGGACCAGUCUAGCAGUGUCCAUGGUGAAAACCAUUGACUGAAGUCCAAUGCUCAAUAGGCCACCGGAAAAGCAAAGAACCUCUAUAGCCUUUGCCCCAUUUUUGGGCAGCCUCCUAUUCCAGCCUCUUGUGGGAAUCUACUUCCUUUUAUUGGGAUGCCCAGCCUUGAUCUCCAAGUUUUCCUUCCCAGUCCUCCCCAUUCCCACACCUCUUCCUACUGUGUCAUUUUGAUUCUUCUUCCCUGUAAGCCUAGGAGCAGCCAACCUGACUUCCUUCUGUGGAAAAGCCUGGAAACUGGCACAGAAGGGAUGUGUGUCUGAAUCUGUCAGGUCCCCUUUGCCCCUGACACCUUGAAGGUAGGGGAAGAAUUGGAGCCCAGAUCUUCUGGACAUCUAGCUAAGGUUCUGGGGGAUAAGUUCCCUGGCCUGGGCAUGGAUGUGGGGUCUCUUUCCAGCUCUUGUUCUACCUCCUUCUCAUCUCAUGUUUUCCUUUUUGCCUUUGAACCC